CGUCGCUCAGUGAUCGACUUUCCCGCGAAAAUUUCGUGAAAAAUUGAGAGAAGAUGAAGCUUCUGCGAAUCGUCCUGCUGUCGCUUUUCUCGCAAGUGCACUGUGGUACCUUGGCUAAGUUGGAAUCGAGAGAGAAUGAAACGGAAAUGGACCAACAGAGGAGCGUCCGAGUUCACAGGGUCGCUGACCACGAGUUCCUCAACAAUGACGAUUCUCGAAUAAGAGACAGGCUCAGGCAAAUGCUACAAUUUGGACACGAGGAACUGGCGAAGCUCCUGACAGACUUUCCAAAUUUGAGCAACCUCGUGCAACACGAGGGCCAGUUGUACAAGGAACUGACCACGAUUCUGAAGGACCUCGUUCUAGAAGGAACCGUCACUCUAAAGAGUGUGGAUCUCGCGAUCAGGGAAAUGAAGGAUGCGUCAUCGACGUUUGUUAACCCGAAGAAUGAUAACAAACUGGAGGAUCCCCAGGAAGAACUCGAGGAGUUAGACACUUAUCACCAGGAAGCUUCAGUAAACGAAAGUCGGGAGAACUCGAGUAACUGUUCAAAAGCGAAUCCGAAAAAUCGACUUUCAACUUCCCUGAUCGACUCGACGAACGAGAGAGAAUCUAAAACCACGAACAUCGUGAAGACCCUGGACCACGUGCUACUGGAGAUUCAGAACCACCUAACCUUCGUUCGACGCAUGUUUGACAGACUCUGCAGAAAACAUCGGUCCACGUUGCCGACUCGAACCAGCUACGACCACCGUGAAAUAUUCGCGUUGAUGAAUCAGCCGAAAAAGGUGUCGAUACUUUAGAUACCUCGGGUAUCUCGCGAAACCGUUCAUACUUAUAUAAUUCAUGAUUUAUUCCCGCCUAGUAUUCCCGUGUACUCCCUGUACCACGAACAAUUGUAAACCUCGGUAUAUUUUAUAGAACCGGUUUACCGAUUUUGUUUACCGAUAAUAAAGACGUCGGAAAA